GUUAACGUAGCUAAAGGUUUGGUAGUGUUAGGUAGAUCCUUUGAGGUAGUUUUAAUGUCCUAUGCGGUAAAACGCCUGCGUUCUUUCCUACAGAGAGCGGUAGUGAGUGAGCGACCGAACUGCAUCACUGAAACAAGUUUUCGUCAAUGAUUACAUAUCGAAUCGUUUUUUGUAAUAUAAUAAGGUUCUCCAGUUACGUUUGAGCACAUGAACUGCAGACUGCAAUAUGGUGACAAUUCCCAACAGCUGCACUGCACUGUCCUGUCCUACUGUACCAUUGUCCAAUGGACGGAACAUUCCCAUUCUGGGUUUAGGAACAUCUCAUGCUGGAGGUUACAGUCAUGAAGCAGUGCUCUGUGCUUUACAGGAGUGUGGAAUAAGGCAUAUAGACACAGCCAAACGUUAUGGUUGUGAAGAGGCUUUGGGGAAAGCUGUGGUUGAUAGUGGAGUACCAAGAGAAGAGCUCUGGCUCACAACCAAACUAUGGCCUGGAGAUUACGGCUACCAGAGCGCCAAACAAGCCUGCCGGGACUCGUGUGCCAGGCUGGGGGUUGAUUAUUUAGACCUGUAUCUAAUGCACUGGCCGGACUGCAUGAUUCCAGGCGCUUCCAAUCAUGAGGUUCGAGCAGAGACGUGGAGAGCUCUGGAGGAGCUUUAUGAUGAAGGUUUGUGUCGUGCCAUUGGAGUGAGUAACUUUCUCAUCCGUCACUUGAACGAGUUGAAGGAUCGUGGUGGAAUUGUGCCUCAUGUGAACCAGGUGGAGUUUCAUCCCUUCCAGCAGCCACUGGAGCUGGUUGAAUAUUGUCGGAAGGAGAAUAUCGUAUUUGAAGGCUACUGUCCUUUGGCCAAAGGUCAAGCCCUCACUCAUCCAACAAUCAUGGCGCUCGCUCAGAAAUACGGCCAUAGCGCAUCACAAAUAUGCAUCCGCUGGAGUAUUCAGAAUGGAGUUGUUACAAUUCCAAAGUCCACCAAACCAGAAAGGGUCCAUGAAAACUGCCAAGUGUUUGGGUUCAGCUUGGAUGAUUCAGACAUGGCAGCGCUGAGUUUGUUGCAUGAUGGGAGACAUGUGAGCUGGGACCCAACUAAUGUGGAAUGACCAAAUCUCUAAGAAAACCACCUGUUCAGGUUUUUGGAUUCAAACUAACAGCAGAAGACAUGGACCAAAUUAGUGAUUUACACACCAAUCAUAAGCUGAUUCAUCUCACUUAUCCACUCUGGAAAGGAUAGCCUAGCAAUCAAAAUACUAGUGGUUUGUUUUUAGGAUAAUGACAGCUCCUGAGCUCACUGUGAAAGAAAAGGUGGUUAUUUACAAAAGUGAUGAAUUCGAGGAAAUCAGGGAUUUGCAUGCUGCCGAUGUCACACUUGUGCCUUUUUUUUAAACCAGCAUUCAUUGGUGUUGAGUGACUAAGAUUUGUGUAGUGGUCCAAAUAUUAUUAGUAACAGUUAGUAACAGGAUUUACUCAUCCUCAAUGCAUCCUAGGUGUAUAUGACUUGCUUAUUUCAGACGAAUCCAAUCGGAGUUACAUUAAAAAUGUCCUGCCACUGGGAAAAAAAAAAAAAGAAAGAAAAAAAAAAAGACUUGAAAUAAUUUGUUACCCCACUGACUUAAAAUUUUUAGUCAACUUAAAUAUUCCAGUUGUCACUUAAUUAACAUCAAGUAACUUACAAUUUCAAGCUGACUAAACGAAAAAUUUUAAGUAAGCAGGUUAACAAAUUAUUUUAAGUUGAAACAACUUUUUGAAUUUUUAUUUAUUUAUUUAUUUUUUUUACAGUGUGGCUCUUCCAUGCUUUAUAAUGGCAGUGGGUGGGUGUUUUUAUACAGCAGUCCAAAACAAGUCCAAUAAAGCACAUCCAUCCAUAAUAAAAAGUGCCUCACAUGGCUCCAGGGGGUGAAUAAAGGCCUCCUGUAGCAAAUCAAUGCGUUUGUACAAAAAAAAAUCCAUAUUUAAAACAUUUUUCACCAGUUCCAGAUGGAUGACAUAGGAUGUGAGAAUAUGCUAGUCUCACAAGAACCAAUGUUUGUUUAUAGGAGCAAAAGAAGCAAAAUUUCUUUACUUUAGCAAAGGAAAACCAGUCUCCUCUUGGCUUAUAUUGAAAUCUUCCAACAUUUUCUUUACAAAGCCUUAUUUUAUACUUCUAAUUUGUGACCGAUUUGUGUUUUGCUCACUCCUCUCUGCUUCGGUAUUCGUCAACGGCUUCCAAGCUUUAUAAUGGCAGUUAGAGAAAACAGUUCAUAAUGUUUUAAAUAUGGAUAUUUUCUUACAAAAACGCAUCGAUUAGGAGGCACUUUAUGUUAUGGAUGGAAACGCUUUAUUGAACUUCUUUUGGACUGCUGAACCAAAACACCCACUCACUGCCAUUAUAAAGCUUGAAAGGACAUUUUUUAAUACAACUCCAAUUGUAAUCGUCUGACAGAAGAAAGUCACAUAUACUUAGGAUGCCUUGAGGGUAAGUAAAUUUAUAGGCUCAUUUUCAUUUUUUGGGUGAACUUGCCCAUUAAUAGUGACAGAACAAUCAAUAUAAAUAUCAAGUUGAUAUUGAAUGGAUGUAAUGUCAGUCAUGACAUGUUCUCAUUUUCCCCAUUAAUUGUUUUCUGUUAUGCUGAAAUGUAUCAAAUUGUUGGUUAAACUAGAAAUAUUGCUAAAGAAUGCCAUUUCUGUUUUACACAUGUAAUUCUCUGUGUGAUGUUUGAGUUUCUCAGAAACUGCGGUGUCUGAACUGAAAUAAAUCACAAAAAAUGGAGCCAGCACACA